AUGCCCAAGUCUAUAAAAAUCGAUCAGUUCCGGUAUAUGUCCACCGAAGCAUGGCGUGUUCUUAUGGCUGUCGAAAUGGGAAUGAAAAAUCAUGAGUUCGUUCCUUUAGAUUUGGUUCACAAGAUCUCUAAAUGUACUCGUCGUGGUUCCUCAUUUCUCAAACUUCUCCGCGAUGAUCUAGUCCCUCACGGGUUACUAGCCUACGAAACAGAUAACAAAAAAGGUUACUCCGGUUACCGUCUAACUAAUCUAGGAUAUGACUAUCUUGCUCUUCAUACCCUCAUAAAGAGUGGCCAAAUCUGUGAUCUCGGGUCUAUUAUCGGUGUGGGUAAAGAAUCCGAUGUUUACCUUGCGGUAGCUGGUGAAAAUUGUGGUCGUCAUGAUGAACAGCAAAAUAAUGAAUUAGAAGACGAGAAAAAACACUCAGACCUCCCUGCAAAUGGCGAAUAUAUUGUCAUCAAGUUCCAUCGUCUAGGUAGAACCUCAUUUCGAAAAGUUAGGGAGAAGAGAGAAUAUCAUCAGGGUAGAAAUACAUGCUCCUGGCUCUAUCUCGAUAGGCUGGCUGCUAAGAGAGAGUAUGAAAUGAUGCAGAUUCUCUAUGAUGACGGUCUACCAGUUCCUUGUCCUCUGGCUAACAACCGCAAUGCUGUCGUAAUGAGCCUAAUUUCAGAUGCUGUCCCCCUUUGCAAAGUUCUUCCUGCCACUUUACGGGCAGAAAAUGCCUCGUUAGCGUCUUCUCUCUAUUCCCAAGCUAAAGAGAUCUUGGCUAAAAUCACUGCGGAAGGACUUGUGCAUGGUGAUUUCAAUGAAUUCAAUCUUCUCGUAUCCGGCCUUGUUGAUGAACUGGGGGAAGAAACUGAUGCUGCGGCAAUCGCCAAGAGAGCCAAGCUAGUGCUCAUUGAUUUCCCCCAAAUGAUAAGUCGUGAUCAUUGGUCUGCUCAGGAGAUAUACGAACGCGAUUUGGAUGGAAUCCUCUCAUUUUUUGGCAAAUUCCUCGACAUUGCUCCCGACGAAAUGCCUCCGCGAAAUCUGAACGAGAUCCCCCGAACUGGCAAUAUGGACAUCAAGCUAAAAGCUCCCGGUUAUUCUGUUCAGAAGAAAUCAAAGGACACCAAGAGGGGUCGGAAACCUCGCCAGGUUGAUGAUUCGGAAUUCCUUGUCGGUACAGUUGCGGCCCUUGCUUUGAAAACUGAAAAAGAGAGUGAUGAAGACGGGAGCGAACAAGAGUCCUCAGGGGAAGAUUCCAUUAGUGACGAGAACUCAGAUGAUGAAUCUGCGGAUUCUGAAGAAGAUAGAGAUUCUGAUAAUGAUGAAGAGGAAAACGCAAAAAGCCUUGCGAGGGAAAACGCCUCUAUUUCCACUACAAGCAAGCGGUCCGCCGCUCAGACGGUUUUGAGUCAAGAGGAGAUAAGAGAACGUAAAAGGCGGGAGGAUAGGCGCCGUGCUCAACGCGAAUUCCUUCUAGCUGUCAAGAGGCAACAGCGAGCAAGCAAGAAGAGCAAACUACGAGCAGAAAUUGCAACGGAAGCAAAUAUGUUUGGCUAA